AUGGAUGCUUGUACAUGCAGCUGUAGUGAAAAUCUCUCAAAAAAAGAUUCUACCAUAUAUAGUUUUCCUAAAAAGCUUUUGGUAGCUACAGCCUUAGUGGUGAUGAUAGCAAUGUGUCUAACGCCGGCCGAGGCACGCACAGUGGAGCACAAGAUCCGCCACGAGAGGCGGCACGAAGGCCUAGCACAGCCCACCAAAGAGAUCUCCAGGCCCAGAACGGCCGAGCCUCGGCUGGACAAAAGACGGCCACACAGAAAAAUGACACUGACCAAAGACUCGCCUGCGUUUGUUAGACAGAGAAGUGCAUUAGCCGACCGCUUCAAAAACGCAAUGACUAAAAUUAAGAAGAAAUUAAAGAACACAAGGACUUACUUCAACGAGGAACGGAGGGUGCUGAACGAGACCAGGGACUACAGGGAAGGGAUGCCGUCCUGGUUGCCGGCGAUCAACUUUGUCGACAUACAUUUUCACAACUACCGGAAUCCACGCAGGACUAGUGCUUCGAUAUCAGAACGAAAAUUUACAUAUCUGAUGCCGAAGCUGUACAAGUCUCUAGUGGAGUUCCAAAGCAUCUUCAAACACCUGAGCCAGGUCGAGGUUAAUUUCGUGGACGACCCGUUCUACGUCUACAACAAAACACGUCAGGAUCUCUUAACGAAGACCCUCAACAGGCUCGAGAGCACAAUAUUGGAGAUCAGAGAGAACAUGAUGAGGACCCGCGUGCCGGUACCGAAUGUGGGACCAAACAAGAACAUCGACAUGCUGAGCUUAAAAGUCGACGCGCCGCAGUGUCUCAAACAGGAUUACAUAGCGUUUAGGGCAUACGGUAACUUGCUUAACAACUGGUAUCUAGAAUUCAGAUGUCCGUUUGGCAAAAAGGUGAUAAACGACAAAAUGCAAUGCACCGCCUACGAGGCCAAACUAAAGGAGAAGAAAGAAUCGAGGAUGUCGAAAGCGAAGAAAACGCCCGCCAGUUGAUCGAAUCAUAGGAUAUUAUUUAUUGAAUGAUAUUUGUCCCUUUUGUACUUAUUUAUUAUUGUUACUGUUAUACGUAUGCUCUCUACGCGCGAGUGAUUGUUUCAAGUGCUUGACGAAACAACGUUUUGUUGAUUAAGUAUUGGGUACUUUCUCUGUGAUAUUUAGUAUUCUGUAGAUAGUGAUUGAUUAAUUUAUUGUUUUUUUUUUAAUAGUUUUAAGCCUUCCUGUUCAGUUCCUUUGUACUUAACUAUUCUUUUGACUAUAUUGUCUACAUAGUAGCUUUUUGUUAAUCUUAAUUUAUUCGUGACUUUGACUUUCGUUAUUAAUUUAUGGAUAUAUUAUUUUUAUUAUUUUUUUGAAUUCUUUCUACUCUUGACAGUGUUUGAAACUGAUUUAUUUUCUAUGCGGAUCGAUUAACUUUCGUAUUAAUCGCUUUCAACUUUUUAGUUUUUAAUCUCAUAGUAUUAUUAGUUGGCACUGUUGGUGCCACAAUUUUAGCCAAGAAAGACUUUUAGUACUUACGUGUUAAUCUUAUUUAUGUAUGUAAUUGUUAAUUUAUAAGCGUGUUUAUAAUGUGCCGAUAGAUUUAAAUGAAUGAACUGAUACCGUA